AUGGCCACUCCAGAACAGAGCGCCAACGGUCGCCGCCAGUACAGGCUGCGCGUCUUCACGUCAGACGUGCGAGGGGCUGGAACUGACAGCGAUGUCUUCGUCAACCUGUACGGCUCGCGUGGGUGCAGUGGAGAGAGGCAGCUGGACACCGGUCUGCACAACGACUUCGAGCGGGGCCAGGUCGACACGUUCUUCCUCGACACGGACGACCUCGGCGCUCUGAACAAGGUCACCGUGCGCACGAGUGGCCACGGCCUCGGCGACUCGUGGCACCUGGACCGGAUCGAGGUUUCCGACGCCCAUGCUGGGCUCGGGGACGAUCAUGCUCGCGUGGUGUUCUCGUACGGCGACUGGCUCGGCAGCAAGCACACGCUCAAGCAGGACAUCGUGGCGGAGGGCGUCUCCGACCCGAUCGCGAGCCGGGAGUACGAAGUGCGCCUGUUCACGGAGGACUACAAGGGCCGCGAGUCCGACGUGUUCGUCGAGCUGCAAGGCAGCAAAGGGUUCGUUGGCGAAACCCUCCUCCCCGCACACGACUGGGAUCGCAGCGAGGGAUCCUGCGACAUCUUUCGCGUCUGCGGCGGGGACUGCGGUCAGCUUGGCACCCUGUGUCUGCGGCUGGUGGCGUCGAGCUCGACGUGGACGUUGUCAGAAGUCGAGGUCGUCGACUGCUCUUCGGGCUCGUCUGUAACUUUCGAGGGCGCGCGGCUGGACAAGACGGCGCCCUCCGUUCGUCUCCAGAUCAGAGCUCCGGAAGGUCCGAAGCCAGCGGAGAUCGAGCAGGAGGCGCCCGGGCCCCGCUCUGAAGCGAGCGAGGCGGACGCAAGUCAGAGUGGUGCAAGCGAGCCCGACGCCCCAGGGGCCGACUCGAGCGAGCCCCGCCCGAGCGAACCCGAAAGCGCCACGCCCGCUGCAAGUCAGCCUGCCAGCACGCCCUCACAGGCCGCGAAGGUGAUGGACAGCGUGAUGUCCCAUGCUUCGUCCCGGUCGCUGACGCCCAUCGUGAACGACAAGGACCUGCAGCAGGAUCUCGACGAGGUGUUCAAGGUCGACAUCACGCCUUCGAGGCAGGCGUCAACGGUGACGCCGCUGACCAAGCUCGCUUCGGGAAAGUGGGAACCUGGCGAGCUCGGUCAGUGGGAUCGGGAGGAUGCCAGCAGCAAGGCUACGCCCGCAGCUGCUGCCACGACCAGCGGGAACGGCAACGUCGAGGACGAUGCCGCCCCUGCUGCCCGCAAGCAGGAUCCGGACAUCGAAGCCAUCGACGCCCAAAUGGCGGCACUGGAGCGCGAUCUGGCGGACUUUUCGAUGCCUUCUGCGCCGUCCGGUAGCCCGUCCUACUUGCGCACAACGGCCGCACAACAAAGUCGCGAGCACGCCGUACAGGAGGCGUCCCGCGUCAAGGGCGGAGGCACGGUCAUCCCGCGCCCUGCACCGCAACAGGCCGGCUUCCUCCGGCAGACGGCCGCCUCCGACAGUCGUAAGAAGGCCAUCAGCGGCUCGCGGCACACGUCCCCAGGCAUGAGUACGGCCCGUACCAGCGCCAGGGGGUCUCCGGGGCGCAUGGGGUCGCCAGGGCACAUUGCCCACUACAUGAAGGGCACGAAGGCUUCCGAGGACAGACUCCGGGCUCGUGAGUCGCACGAGCAAGAGAUCUCACCAGGCCGUGUGCAGGCCUCGCCUGGCGCGAACAGGCCGAAGACGGCGUCACCUGGCAAGCAAGGUCCCGCGCCGAGGUUCAUGCGGGCGACGAAAGCGCACGAGAGCCGCAUGGCGGAAGUUGUGGAGUCCCAGUUGCUGCAGGACGAGCGGAGAGGGUUCGGGGCCGAAGUCAAUGUGCGUGGGGCGCGGGCGACGAGACUCAAGCAGCCUGCGGAGAGGGGCAUGGCCAGUCGCAUGCCUGGGGAGGACCAGGAGCAGACACUGAAGCGUCUGAAGACUGCGAGGUCCCGCAGCAGGUCGCGGGCCGCAGUGCGCAGUCGGGACCACGCGCAUGCCAUGGGCACGCAGCAGUUCCAGCCAACUGUUGCGGCAGAGGAGAAAUCCUACAUGUUGCCCACCGUGAGCCGGCUCCAGGCCAUCGACCCUGACGCACUGGGAGGUGACUACGACUGGUCUCGGGACAUGCGCGGGGCGAAGAACUGGCACCUGCGCACGCAGUUCGUUCCCGCUACUACGGUAGAAGAGAACCGUGAGUUGGCGACCGCUCUGAAAGAGGAGCACCGGGCGGGAUUGAGCCCCAGUCCCAUGUACAGGGCGUCCACGCCAGGAGGGGACGAGGAUCGGCGAGGCCGCUCGCGCACGCCGAAAGUGCGUUGGGAGGACGGCGAUAGGGCCAGGUCCAAGAGCUGCGCAGGGUCGGCACGGAGUCUUUCGCGCGCUCGCAGCAAGUCGCGGGUGUCGCAGGCGCGAAGCAAGUCUCGCGCAGCCACCCACCGUGACCACAGCACGUCGCGCAUGGGUACUUCGCAGUUCCGCCCUACCCAGGUCGACAAGAGCCUUGCCGAGAAAGCCUUCAUCAAGGACACCGAGUCCCGACAGAGGAAGCUGCAUGGCGAGGACAUAUCGGAAAAGUACAACGUGCACAAGGAUCUGCGAGGAAAGAGCCCAGCACCCUUUCGCACAUCCACUGCGGCUUCAGCGCAGGGUGCGCGCGGGCAGUCUCCGAUGGGUGCACGGGAAUGGAAGCCGACGAAGCCCAUACUGAAGGAAGGGACGCGUUUUGCACGGCCGACAACGCAGUCGCAGGGCAGGGUGCGGGACAAGAGUGUCUCGCCGGGGCAGUCGAGAGGGUUCCAGGUUACGGACUCGCGCGUCAUCCUGGACAACCUCAGCUCGCCGCACCGGGAGCGUAACAGUGCUCCGCGGCCAUCGUGGAACAGCUCUGUCCGCACUCAGGAUCUCGAGACGCAGCUCUGGUGGUCGAGGAUACCGCAACUGGAUGCUGUGCCGGCAGACGCGCCGGGAGCGGGCUAUCGAUUCGCUGCCAGCCCAGGAAAGGAGCGAACAAGCUCGCGUCGGACAAACCUUGAGAACGCCAAGGUUUGGGAAGGUCAGUUGCGGGGCUAUGCCGCGUCGGGGAGCACCACACAGCGCAGCCCGGGAAGGUCGUCGCCGGGCCGGUCGUCGCCGGGACGCGUCGUCUCUCCUGGGCGCUCUGCACAGGCGUUUCAGCAAUGGAUCGCCCGCCAACAAAGCGCGAAGGCCGUUGUGGCACAGAAGACGGAUGCGCGCGGCGUGUGGGAGAAGCCGGAUCCAACGGCCAAGCCUGGCAUUGGGCGGUCAGGGCAGGUUGCGGAAGACAACGACGGUGCAGAGGGCGAGGAGGACGACAACAGCCCCGCUGUCGACGAAGUGGUGUUGAAUGUCGUGCAGAGUCGGAAGCUGGAGACUCGUUCGAAGGCGUACGAACCCCAGGACUCCCCGGAAGCACCGCCAGCCAAACCAGUAGCAGUCGCACGAGAUGAUUUCGGUCCAGACCGUCCCGAUGACACUCCCGAAGCCCGCGGGCGGCUUAUUCAGCUCGACGCGAAAAUGGUCGUUGAAGACGUGACGCCCAGACCUUCGAAUGCCACGCCAGUAGCAAGAGUCGAAGGUGCACCCAGCUCCGUUCUUGCGGCUGGGGCUGCCUCGGUGGACAAUGCCUCCAGCGCGAUCUCGAACGCGGGGGCGGUGCCUCCUCGAGAGAUGUCAAAUAAAGAGAAAGCAUGCCGUCAGUGGAUGAUGCGGCUCGGGAUCGAGGUAUCUCCGCCGACCUCGGACCCCAUAUACGACCCCUUCCGCAACGGGCAGGUCCUGACCCAUCUGGCGCAUCUGCUGUCGGGUGGGGAGCCCAAAGAGGUGUCCGGCGACGUUCCACAGUCUUGGGAGGAAGCGAAGCGGAACCUCGCCCUAUCUCUUGACGUCUUGCAAGAGUGUGGGCUGGAAGUGUCCGAUGGUGUGCGCGGCUUGGCGACCGUGAUCGACCGCAUCUGUUCUGGUCAAGGCUCGACGAUCUGGGAUCUCAUGACGACGCUUCGUAAGAUAUUCCAGCGAGCCGGGCACGUCCCCGAAGCGGGGGGCAAGGUUCUCGAGGCUGACAAGACCAGAGCAUUCAUAUCAAUGCUGAAGAUUCGCAUCGCCCCGAGCGACGAGCACUUGCCGUUACUGGACAAUCCCUUCCGGAACGGCACGCUUCUCUGUCGCCUUGCGAACGUGCUGGGCAAGGGCGACCUGGUGCAGGGCUACCACGCGCAUCCGCGCACGCUCGAGAACGCGCGAGAGAACGUCACUAUCGGCAUGGUCGCGCUGGACUUGAUCGCCGGAGUUGCGCGCGUCGACCUUGAGGAGGAGGAUGUGGUCGAACCGACCUUUGGUGAGGUUGAAGCCAUCCUGAAGGGCAACCAGGCGGCCAUUUGGACGACCCUCAACCUUGUGCGGAAGUUGAACGGCCAGCGGGCGAUCCAACAGGCCACACCCCGGUCAGUGGAGCGCGUUGCCUCCCUUGAGCCAUCUGCUGUGCCUGCCGAGGAUAGUGCUGGAGGCAUGGCUUCGGCCCGCGAUGACGGCCCGACCUCUCAUCGCAUCGCCGUGAUGCCGGAAGAGGCCGACAUGAUCGAAGAAGCGCGCGGCUUGAUGGAAACGAGGCAGUGGCUGAACAGCCUGGACAUUGGCGCUAAGAUGCAUCUCAAGGUUGGGGAGAUGCUCUCUGACGGAGUCAUCCUGGCGAAACUGCUUUCCUUGCUCGAGGGCCAGGUGCUUGACGGUAUCACUUGGAGAGCUGCGUCUCGCGCGAGCGGCCUCUUCAACCUGCGGAAAUGCAUCAACAUUUUGCACAGGUGA